CAUACAAUGACGAGUCACACUUGUGAAAUAGAAAAGCAGCCACCUGUGUAAGUAGCUUACUACAAUAUUGCUCUUUUUUUUGUCUGACUUUUGUUCCUGAGUAUGUUUUUUUUUUUCUUGUCUGACUUUUAUUCUGAAAAUCAUUGGAAUGGUUCAAUUUGUCUUUCAAGAUAUGAUUCCAAGUGAUUUUACGUAGAAUCCGCCGCCACCUACUUCUGCUUCUAUAAGAUGAACACAACCAUGGAGUGGUGUGUUUGGAAAACGUUUGAAGCAGUAAAAAGAAAACCAAAAAAUGAUUGCAGACAGUUCAUCGUUAAACACUCCAUCACCGUCAUCAACUCCUCCCUCAAAAACCAUUGGUGGCGUCACAAGCACCACACUCGCAUCACUUGCUAGCCUCAUAAAGCUUCUCCCAACGGGAACAGUUUUUGUUUUCCAAUUCCUGAACCCCGUUUUGACCAACAGUGGUGAAUGCGACGCCAGCAACAAGUCCCUCUGCGCCGUUCUCCUUGUCUUCUGUGGCUUCAGUUGCGCCUUUUCUUCCUUCACGGACAGUUACACCGGCAGUGACAAGCAGAGGCACUAUGGCAUCGUAACCCGCAACGGACUCUGGCCUUCUCCGGCUUCCGACUCCGUUGACCUGUCAAGCUACAGACUCAAGUUUGGAGACCUGGUGCAUGCUGUGUUGUCGUUUUCGGUGUUUGCGGUGUUGGGGCUGUUGGACAGCAACACUGUGAAGUGCUUCUACCCUGGUUUUGAGUCAACUCAGAAGCGUCUUCUUCAAGUGCUUCCCACAGCCAUUGGGGUGGUGGCGGGUGGGUUGUUCAUGAUCUUUCCCAAUGAUCGCCAUGGAAUUGGAUACCCUUUAACCUUCGAUUCCAACGACACCGCUUCUCCCAACAAUCCCAGUGUCAAUGCCUAAUCAGUACAUAACUUGGGGCUGUGAAUGUUUUUGCAUGCUAUGAAAUGUUCCUGCAGUAUACUUUUCUAUCUCCUGUGAUGUGACCGUAAACUCAAGACUUUAUUCUUUAAUGUAUUAUUGAGAGUUUUGUGUUUCAUUUUUAAGUAUAUUAUUUCAUGACCUAACUUUUUGAUCCAA